AUGAAAGUUUCACUAAUCUCAAAGAACAAACUCCGCUUCAUUGAUGGCACCUUCGCUCAACCCGCCGCCGGCACCACUCUUUACGAUCCCUGGCUUCGAUGCAACAACAUGGUCCUUUCUUGGCUGCAAAAAUCGGUUCUGAAACCAUUGCUCAAUCAAUUUUGUGGAUUGAUAAUGCAUCAGUUGUUUGGAAAAAAUUUAGAGACACGGUUUUCUCAAGGCGAUAUAUUCAAAAUCUCCGAUCUUCAAGACGAUCUCACCAACCUGCAUCAAGGUACCCUCGACGUUUCCACCUAUUUUACCAAACUCACAUCUCUUUGGGAACAAAUUGACGCAUUUCGACCAACUCGGGACUGUACUUGUGCUAUUCCAUGCACCUGUGGCGCUGCCUCGGAUCUUCGUCGAUACAAAGAUCAAGAUCGUGUUAUCAAGUUUCUUAAGGGCCUAACUGAUCAAUUCUCUACGGUUCGCUCUCAGAUUCUUCUGUUGGAUCCUCUCCCCUCCCUUGACAGGACUUUCUCCAUGGUUCUUGGCCAGGAAAGACGUUCCACCACCAUCCCUGUUGAAUCACCAGACCCACCUUCAUUAGCUAUGCAAUUUCAACCUUCUAACGACUAUGGGGGAGCUCGCGGCAAUGGUUCUUCUUGCGGUCGCGGCCGCUCCUUUCCGGGUCGUGGUGCUUCUUCACAACGCAUAUGCACUCAUUGUGGUCGUACAAUCACACCAUCGAUACCUGCUUCAUGA